UGAAUUUUUAAAUUGUAAAACUCUCCUACCUCCUUCACAACCCAUUUUUUUUUCUUUCUUUCUGUUUUUUUAGUUUUAUUAGCUGCCUUUUUUUAAAAAAAGUAUCAUAUCAAUGUCUACAGCAGCAGUGACAAAGGAAAAUAACUUGCGUCAUUCACCACCUACUUCACCCAUGAUUCCAUCUCAAACUAUACAUCCUUACAUGAAGGACGAUGUUCCAAUAGGUCCACUGGAAAAGAACAAACGUAGUCGAGACGAAGAUGUUGAAUCCAAGGAAACUUGUAUAAAAUUCCAACAAUUAACUUGUGAUUCGUUUCCACAAUCACCACCACAAACACCGUUAGGGUCCGUUUCAAAGAAUAACGGGAAGGACGAUUUAGCAGAAGUUUCGACGCAUGUGGAUUUAUCUGAACCCAGCGAAAACCCAGUGGUGCCAGUGGAGAGAAAUGCAAAGCGAAGGUCGUCUGUCGAAUUAAAUUUAAAGAAUUUCACAUUGAUCAGGACGUUGGGCACAGGGUCAUUUGGUCGGGUGCAUCUAGCGAGAUCAAAUAUGAACCAACGAUUCUAUGCAAUUAAAGUGUUACGGAAGAUUGAUAUCGUCAGGUUGAAACAGGUCGAACACACCAAGCAUGAACGAGCCAUCUUGUCCAGUGUCAAAUAUACGUUUAUUGUGAAUCUAUGGGGUACUUUUCAAGACGAUGGUAAUCUUUACAUGGUGUUGGAUUAUGUUCCUGGUGGUGAAUUAUUCACCUUUAUGAGAAAGUGCAUCAAACUACAGGAAGACGUAGCUAAAUUCUACGCCGCCGAGGUUUUAUUGACCAUUGCUUAUCUUCAUACUCAGAACGUAAUUUACCGCGAUUUAAAACCAGAAAAUAUCUUGCUUGAUGCACAGGGUCACAUUAAAAUUACGGAUUUUGGGUUUGCUAAAAUUGUCCCGGAUAUCACUUGGACAUUGUGUGGCACACCAGACUACCUCGCACCGGAAAUCAUUCAAUCCAAGGGGUACGGCAAGGCAGUGGAUUACUGGGCACUUGGUGUUUUAAUUUAUGAAAUGUUGGCUGGUGUCGCACCAUUUUAUGAUGAUAAUCAAUUCAAGUUAUAUGAAAAGAUUGUAUCUUGUAAAGUCAGUUAUCCUAGUUACUUUAGUGAAGAAGCGGUAGAUCUAUUGAAGCAUUUGCUGACCCCGGACUUGAGUAGGCGGUAUGGUAACCUCAAGGGAGGACCCAAAGAUGUACUUGAUCAUCCUUGGUUCAAAUCUAUUGAUUUCCACAAAUUAGAAAACAGACAGAUAAAAGCACCGUAUAUUCCAGAUGUUAAAGGAGAAGGUGAUGCAAGUAAUUUUGAUAGCUAUGAAGAAGUUGCUUCAAAAUAUGGAGAAAAUGAACCCGAUCCAUAUCGUAAAUACUUUACGGAGUUCUAAUACUUUUUUUUUCUUCUUUACUUCUUAAGCAUAUGACGAUAAUUCAUCACCUCUUUUUUUUUCUUAUUGUUUUAUUCCAAUGAUGGAUAUUCGUCAUGGCUCCCUAAUAAAUAAUAAGAAAAAUAUUUCAUUGGUUAGGUUGUAGAAAAAUGAUGGAUGCAUACUGACAUCAUGGGUAUUUCCAUAAAAAGUAAUUCUUGUGGGUGAACUCCGAAUAGCGGUGCUUUCUUUUGUAGUUCCUCUAGUAACCUACGGGCAAAUCCAGGCAUUUUUUUUUUUUUUUUACAGAAAACAACAUUGGUUUCAAGGAAAUAAAUAAAAAAGGCCCUUUUCGUAUUAUAAUUUUUUAUUGACUGAAACCUUACCUACUUUACAAAGUUAGCCUGUCAUUUUUUUCCUG